AUGACAGACGACUGCAAAAGUUUGUAUGGUGAUAAACUGAAACUCGUUCAACUUCGCCUUGGACAGAUGCAGCGUGGGAUUUUGGACUUGUUGAAGGAGCACGGAAAAGCAAAAGAGCUUCUAAAAAAGGGAAAAUUGCGAGAGGAGCGCUUUGGAAGUCUUUGCACUGAAGUGGCUGCUUUCAGAAUGAAUCCAUCUCCAAAGUUCAAUUCACUUUCUAUAUCUUUGGACGAAGAAGCGCGGAACUAUCAUAGUCAGCGGAUUUCGGAAAUGUUACAGCAAGGAGAUUCAGAAAAAGAGAACAGAUUUAAACGAUAG